AUGACCCUGUUUAAAGCCAGUUUGAUGAGAGUGAAAUACAGCUUAGAGAAAGAAAUGUCUUUCAUAGUGUUACAUUAUGUUUCAGAGAAAAGAAGCAACCGUCUCUCAACAGAGGGCCAUGAACAAGACGGUGUAGGAAGUCCAGUUAUUGGAGCAGCAAUUGGUGGAGUAAUUGGUGGAUGUUUUUUAACAGCGGCAACGGGACUUUACUUCUAUAAGCGUAAUCAAGUCAGGGUUUCUUUAACUUGUAUAAAAAAGACAAAUCAGCAUCGAAAGAAAGAAGAGGUGCAUGUUUAUGACAUGCCAACAUUUAUGGAAGAUGAAACGAAUGCAUACACGGGCAUUACUGCGACAGAGUCAAUAAGCAGCAUGGAGGAUAUUCGACUGGUUCAACCAAUUGGACAAGGACAUUUUGGCAGAGUCUGGAAAGCUGAAUAUAAGCAUAACAACAGAAUAUUAGCAGUUAAACUUUUGAAAGAAAAUGCCACCGAAGCCGAUCUGAAGGAUUUUAACCAAGAGAUAGAGACUAUGGUAUCAUUAGUGCCACAUGAGAACGUAGCAAAGGUGCUGGGUUAUUCGAAAGUAGUUCCAGUUUUCAUUGCCCUUGAGUUCAUGUGUAAUGGGAGCCUGAAGACGUUCUUACGUAGUAGCCGCAGUGAGAAAGUGUACGGAAACCUGCACGGAGGAAGCAAUAGACUGACGUCCAGAGACCUCCUCACUUUUGCUGAACAUGUAGCAAAGGGGAUGUCACAUGUGGCGAAGUAUGGGUUCCUGCACCGUGAUCUUGCAGCUCGCAAUGUCCUCGUCAGUGAGUCCCGUGUAUGCAAAGUGGCAGAUUUUGGUCUCGCGAGAGAUGUAAUUGAGAGUCGAGAGUACCUGAGUAAAAUGCAGGGCCCCCUACCGGUGAGAUGGAUGGCCCCAGAGUCUCUGUCAGACAGUGUGUACACCACAAAGAGUGACGUGUGGGCCUACGGUAUACUGCUCUGGGAGAUUGUCACUUUGGGAGCGACCCCUUACCCUACCAUGGUGACAGCCAGGGAAUUACUGAAAGAAAUUGACCAAGGUUACAGAAUGGAGAAACCAAAACAUUGUACUCCGGAACUAUACAAACUCAUGACGUGGUGUUGGGAGCAAGACCCCGGCCGUCGUCCAACAUUUGAGGACUUAGUUGUCCACUUGGAGAAAUUACUGAGAGAAGAGGUGACCACCCACGUGGAUCUGAACAGGUUCUCAGAGCAUUCCUAUGGCAACAUUGAGAACAGGAUAAAGGGAGAGAUACUGUGA